AUGCCACUUCCAUUAGCCGCCCGUAAAUCUAUUAGAGAUAAUGAAGAACACUUGACCAAUGCCGUUGAGACUAUUAAAUCAGCUCUCGGAGUUGAAUGGACUUUUGAAUUUGAUUUCGAGACUUUGUUGGCCAAGGUUGAAUCCGCCGACUACGUCAAGAACGAUCCAGGAAGUUUCUUCUACAAGGAUGUUGCCACCAACGUUGCUGAAUGUGUCAAGUCAUUUGCCACCAAAGAUGAAAUGGUCAAGGAAGCCUUGAUCGAGGCCAACGCCAACUCAAAGGUCAUUGUCAGAGUCAAUGAGGACAAGAAGAACACCUCCUACUGGAAAUACAUCUUUGAGAACAACAAUUUGGUUUUGUUAUUCAGAGCUUCACCAGCCAACAUCUCUGAUAUCACCUACUUUGACUUGCCAUCAAUUAUCCCAUCACCAGGUGUCCUCUCAUUGAAGGCUCGUCUCAACUUGAAGGAGAACGGAGAGAAGUUCCAAACUGCUUUGGAGGAGAUUAAGGAGGCCACCAAGAAUGACUGGACCUACGAUGAAUCGUCCAUCGAAACCUGUUACACCACAUUCGAUUUCGACAAGGACAGAAUCGGAGAUAUCUUUGCUGAGAUCAUCACCAACAUUGCUUACAACAUCAAGACCAGAUGCAAGGAUGAGAUGAUCUUGGAGGCAUUCAACGAAGUCAACACUAACAACAAGAUUGUUUUCCGUCACUUGCCAAAGCAAAGCGAUUACUGGACUUUCGCCUUUACCUCUGGUGAUCUCAUUGUAUCCUACAAAUCAAUUUGCAAUGUCUCUGAUAUAGAACAAGAGUUCAGUUCAAUACACACAAUCAAAAAUCAAUCUGCAAUUAAUUAA